CCGUUCACGCUCAGUUUUCAACAAACGCUCAGCGGAAACGGUUAAAAUUAGUUCGGCCGAUAUUUGCGAUCGUUAAAGUGUCGAAUAUUCGCUGUCGCGCGCACCUUAAAAUACAACAAGCGACAAAAUCAGUAACGAUCUUGCAGCACAUCGGAAGCAAUGUGGCCCUAAGAUGAGUAUCGAGCAUCAGUGGAAGCCAACGUUGAGGAUAUACGGGUUGAUUCUCACCUUUUUGGUUGCCUGGGCCCAAGGACAAAGCACCAAAGCUGAGGUAAAUGUGGCAGCUACGGCUUAUACUCUUCGCUUUAGUUUAACCGAUGAGACGGAGUUCUCCAUCAAUGGUGUCACCUGUCGAAAUUCCAGCGGGAAGGAAACGAUAGCCAAUGAGGAUAAUGUAUGCGAAAGCCUCGAUCCCUGUACCUUCUACACCUGUGUGGUGUCCUUUCGAUCCAAUGUAGCCGAAAAGCCACCAUCUGCCGAUCAGAUUAUUUAUGCCUACACGGAGUAUAAACAGCCUAGAACCACUGUUAAAUCGCUUGAGCCUACGUCGAAUACCAUCAAGAUAUCAUGGCAGACGACCGAUAGAGCCUGUGUGGAGAACUUUGAAAUCAAUGCCAGGGCAUCGGCAACGGGCUUCGGCUACAAUGUCGUCCAGCUGAACGAGAAGAGCACUUACACCUUCGAUAAAGACAUAAAGGCCUGCCUCACUCAUACAAUCACCCUCUUGACCCGAAACAAUGCCAGUGUCGUGGUGGACACAGACGUCAAUACGGUGGACACACUCUACGCAGAACCGGGAGAUCUCUCGAUGAACGUCACGAACCUGGCCAACGGCAUUACUAUGAUUACUUGGAACGAUCCCGUCGAGGAGUACUGCAUCAGCAACUAUGAGUUCAAGUGGCGGCGCGACGAAUGUCCCCAGGACCCAUAUCCAGAGGAGAGCACUACGAUGGAGCCCACCACCCUGACCACCCCUGACAUGGACUAUGAUCUUAGUACCACAAUGGAAACGCCCUUAGAACCAGACGACGGCAAGGUGGAAUGUAACUGGAGCGAAUCCUCCUCCGAUGGCAAACUGCGAGAGUUCUUGCUGAUGGACCUGCAAGGAUGUGAGCCCUACACCUUCGAAAUAUUCAUAAAUGAGAAUUUGACGUCUAAGGCUUCGCAACAGUUCACAUCUGCUGAAAAACUCCCCAGUAUUGUUUUUGAACCCACACUCAGUACAGAGUCUACUAUCGAGGGAAUGUUGAACUGGACGUGGUCAGAGCCGCAGGAUCACCCAAAAUGUGUGGCCAACUAUAGUGUAAGCCUGACUGGACCCAGUCAGCGUCCGGUAAAGGUGUCCAAGGACUUGGUGACCGAGGAAAAAACGGCUGUAUUCGAAAAUCUAGACCCUUGUGGUAUCUACACGGUGGAAAUAGUGCCGAUCAUGUUGAAUGGAACCAGUGGGGCCUCUUAUAAAGGAGAGGGUACUGUCCAAGAAGAUCAGCCAUCCGAGAUCUUAGACCCUGUUGUAACAACAUAUGCGUUUUCCCUGGAUCUCAGUUGGGAGAUACCCGCCUAUGCGGACCUUUGCAUCGAUGGCUAUCGCCUAUCUGGCUGGACGGAUGAUGAUGUGGACGUGGAGGCUCUCAGUGUCACCACGAAAGAUACGAGUGUCUCCUAUUCGGAUCUGGUCGCCUGUCAAAUGUAUACAAUCCAGAUCAUUCCGUACACCACUGAAAAGCGUGAUGGAGGAACUCCGAGACAGGUUCCAGUUGAGAUGCGAGCUGCGGUUGUUUCCCAACCAAAAAUAAAAUUUGAAAAGUUGAGCACUAGCUCCCACAGUAUCGAGCUUAGCGCUCUGAACAAUGAUUUCAACAACUCCUGCCCGACGAUCUAUGCCCUUUUCAAUUGCACCACAAAUGAAAAUGUUCCUUACAAAUACGCCGAUCGUUACGUCGAAGGACACACUCUAAGAGGUUUCCAGGCGAAUGUUAACCCACUUUCUCCGUCCACCACUUAUCUGUGCUAUGUGAUACUUUACAAUGUGGCCGGGCCCUCGGAAAGAGUCACCGAAACUGGUAUCUCCACAGCAAACUAUUUUCCUGAGCGGCCAGAGAACUUGCAGAACGUAGACAGGACGGCGCAUAGUCUCCAGUUCAACUGGGAUCCACCCACCUAUCUAAACGGAGCCCUCAAAUUUUACCAGGUCUUCCUAAUGCUCCACGAACCCAACUACUUUAUGCCCGAAGAUUGCACCCUCGAUGAGUGGUCCAAGUCAGAGACCAAUGCCCUCACAACUUCCAACUACUCAUUGUUGGCAUCAGGAAUGAAGUAUAUGAUCCAGGUGGCUGCUCAAAAUGAUUUCGGAAUGGGAGACUACACAGCCCCCGUAAUUGGCAUUACUCUGCCAUCAGUUUCCGACAACGUAACGCAAUUGACUGUGUCUCCCAUGGGACCCUAUCCGGAUCCCGAAUACUCCGCCAAUGUCACAAUCACAUGGACAGUGCCCUGCAGGUCGAAUGGCGAGAUCGAGUACUUCCAGCUCGAUUUUAGUGGAACGCGAACAAAUCACAAGAAUGAAAACUUUACGCGACAGGUUCCAUUAGAUACAGAAAACAAAAAGGGGCGGAUGUCCUACACGGAGACGGAAAUGCAGCCGGAAUACGAGUACAAGGUGACGGUGGCAGUCAAGAACUUCAAUGUGGAUGAACUGAGCGGCGGAGUGUCCGGCCAGUGGCAGUCGCCAGCAGGAUUACCAUCACGCCUGGGCGAGGAUCUGGUGGGUCAGAUGCGGGUCAAGACCGACGAAACGAAUCAUCCAACUAAGUCGGCGGUGGUCCGUCUUCCAGCAAGCAUCAUGAAUUCCGAAUCGGGUGAGAUCAAAUACGUUGCCCUGUUGGUCUCGCAGAAGAACUGCGCCGGGGCAUCCCAACCAGAGCUGGGAUUCGAGGUUUCCAAGGAGUGGCCCAACUCGCUGACAUACGAAGAUGCAGGAGGAGAUGGCAGCGCCGGUUGCGUUGCCCAGUACCAGACAACCCCGUUCUGUUGGAAUCCUGUAGCACGCAACCUGGAAAGUGCCCGUAAUCGACGGAGUAAUUACGACACAACGGACUCCGAUACCGACUCCGAAAUCGUAUUUACAAUCGGCGAGGACAAGUGUCCCAAUAACGAUCGAUUCUGCAACGGACCUUUGUUGGCGGACACGGAAUACUAUCUGGUAGUAAGAUUGUUCACCUCGUCCGGAUAUAGUGAUGCUGCCCUCCUGGAGUUCAAAACUGAGGCAGCCAUCAAGGUAACCCUGAUCCUGGUCAGCGUUUGCAGUUGCCUGCUCCUGGCGUUUGUCAUUGGAUUGGUGGUAUUGUGGGUUCGAAAGCGGAUUGCUUGGCAUCGCGAUUCUGGCCAGGGAAUUGAAGAUCCUUUUGGCAACAUCAUUGCCAAGAACUUUGCCAUUUUCUACUCCGAGGUAGCCAAGCCGGAGAAAUUGGCUCGGGAAUUCAAAGAGAUCACCGUGGCGGCCGUGGUGCUGAGUUAUGCAGCUUCGGAGUUGGGCUGUCACAAAAAUCGCUACGCAGACAUAUAUCCUUAUGACAAGAACCGCGUUAUCCUGGACAUAGAUGCUGAAGGAUCGGACUAUAUUAAUGCCUCCUUUGUAGAUGGUCAUACUCGAAAAAAGGAAUAUAUAGCCACCCAAGGACCCAAGCCGGAGAGCGUAAUGGACUUUUGGCGCAUGGUGCUUCAGUAUAAUGUGCGGAUUAUUGUGCAGGUCACCCAGUUCCGAGAAGGCAACAUAAUCAAGUGCCACGAGUACUUCCCCUAUACCAUGCGAGGAUUAACUGUCACGGUGAAGAGCAAGGAAAGCUUUGACCUUUACGAUCGCACGGAGCUCACUGUAGUCCAUGACAAGUACGGCUUCAAGGAGAAGGUGGUCCACUUUUACUUUAAGAAGUGGCCAGAUCAUGGCGUUCCCGAGGAUCCAAUGCACCUGAUCACCUUUGUGAAGAAGGUGAAGUCGGAGCGGCGGCCCACUUUCUCGCCCAUUGUGGUUCAUUGCAGUGCCGGUGUGGGCAGGACAGGAACCUUUAUCGGUCUGGACAUAAUCAUGCAGCGUCUGAAGAGCGAGUCCAAGAUCAACAUCUUUGAGACGGUCAAGAAGCUGAGGUUUCAACGCAUGAAGAUGGUGCAGACCAUACAGCAGUACACCUUCCUCUACGCCUGCACCUACGAAUUGGUGAAGCACAAGAUUCCUCGGGCGGCUCUAAAGCUCGAAAAUCGUCCCAAGCCGGCUAAUGAAACUGUGCCCCCACUUUCCGCACCCAAGAAGGUAAGCUUCCCAGACGUGGAUACCAGCGCCAGUGGCGACUCCGAAGUGGACACAGUCCCUUUCCCGGAUUCGGAAGGUGGUGUGCCUGUUCUGCAGCUUCCCGCUCGGUAUGCUGGUCAGCGGAAGAGCGGUCCUCAACCCGAUUCUAUAAGCAUCACGAGCACCAAUAUGUGAGGCAGAAAAUGACAGAACCUGUAUACCUGUAUAUUUGUAUUAUACGACCAUAAUUUAUGUGCAAUAAUAGCCAAAGAAAUGUGACUAAAUCGUAGCAAAUGGAUCUUAAAAGUGGAGCUUUAUAACUAACUAAUUUUUGUUUUUACACUUUUAUUUAUAAAAAAAUGCUUAUUAUCGCCAAA